AUGCCGGAAACAAGCCUGCCGUCAUACCAGGAGGCUACCAGGACGCUGGACUGGCUGGAGCUGGUUGGCCCCUCCAUCUCGAUUCGGGACUAUGCCCGACUCUGCCGUGUGUCGAGGCACUUUUGCGAUUAUUUCCUCCCCAGGCUCUGGACCGAUCCGUUUGCCAUGUGCUACGCCCUCGACGAGCCAACUGACAGGCUGGAUGGGCGAAUCCCGAGAACCGAGCUGUUCACGCAAACCGUUCCUAAUGCCCGUUUGAGCACCCGUUCCCUGGUUUUCGCCUUCACUCCACGCAUCAGGGACUGGCCAUCCGUGCUCGACCGUUACGUGCUCUCCUCCUGGCUCCCCAACGUGCGCUGUAUGACCCUGAUUGACUGUCCUCCCCCAAGUGAUCACGAACGUACAAUCCAGUUCACGGCUAGCCAGUUUCCAACCCAACCGUAUGUCGUGGCUGCCGCCAGGUGUUCUAAGCUGCGAGUACAAUUGCAUGACCCAGAACAAUUCCGGGAAGUCGUCUACCUUGAUGACUCUCGCGUUUAUGAUCAAUAUGGACGCGCCCUGCCGAUCUUCAAGAGUAUGCACAACUUACGCAUCCUGAGGGCGACAGGCCACAAUAUGGGAGACUCGCACGCUACACAAAUCUUGGACAAACUUUGGCAGUGGUUAUGGAGUCUUGAUCUGUCCAACAACCGCUUGUCCGAUCGCUGUCUCCAAGCUGUCGCCAGGCAUGGCUUCUGGGGUUCUCGGCGGCUCGGGAGACGUCAGGAUGACGGAUCAUGCUCAUGUGCUGGCCGCGGCCAUCGUCACGAACUGGAGGGUUCUGUAUGCUCGAGCAAGAUGGGUCUCUUCAUUCACGAAACACCCUGGACCGAGGACUUGCGUUUGUAUCAUGCCCGGAGGUAUCAUGAGGACAGCCCCGAAUAUGUAUUCAGGGCAAACCCGUUCGACACUAUCCCAGAGUAUGAAAAAGUAAGAAAGAGAGCCUUCGAUGACUCGCUUGAUGCUGUCAUCAAAGCCAUCUGCUUGGAGAAGGAUAUCUCGUCGAUUCGCCGUCUCGAAAUAUGUCAACGUCCCCUUUGGGGUGUCACUCAUCUCUACCUCAAUCAGAAUCCUAUGAUCACAGCCAAAGGCUUCAAGUUAUUAAUGGAGCUUGGGCUCGAGCAGCUGCAGCGGUUUGAGUGCGACUCGAUGCUGUGUAUGACUGAAGCCGACAUGUCUCAAUUCAACGAGUACUACCAUGACUCCAGGGCCGUACCAUCAUCCGUGUCUGGCUGCAAGACCCAGGCUCUAGCCGGAAUUUUGGGUCUCUCUCAUCUGUUCCGCCCUGUCUUUUCUAACCUGCAGAUAUUACGUAUCCAUCACUCCUUGGUCACAAAUCUACCCUCACUGGUGGGAUUCGAUGAUCUAUCUGCCCUGGAGAAGAUAUGGUUCGCCGAAACCUUCCUCCUCCCUCGAGCCGACCUAGUCUUUCCCAACCCCUUUCAUCCAGACAUGAACCCUUGGCUGAGUUCCCUGACCUUGACGCACAUCCCACGGUACUCUACCGGGCCUUUGAUUGAGCGACUCAAGGGAUUGUUGAAAGCUGCAUGGUUUCAGGAACAGACAAUCGCCAAGCUGAGGGCAGAGUAUCGCCGUGUCCAAUCACGUCAUCCACCCCCACUGCUUACCGGACUGCGCAAGAUCUUUCUCGAGUUUGAUGUGGACCUGCGUGAAAAGCAAGGGAAGGACCAUACGGGAACUGCUGGAUUGGAGGGUUUUGAUGCUGAAGCUUUGCUCAAUAGCGGUGCUACUGAGGAGUUCAACACAUUUGGGGGAUUUACUUGCAGCAGCAACAGCAACGGCACAAGCGGCCCAUCAACUUCGUCCGCUGUGAGACACGUCAAUGCCAACAACAACGGUACGACAAGGUCCUGGCGGCAACAACCGCAACACGGCUCAGAAUUGGACCGACUAGGCACCGAGACACCAUGGGUCCGAGCGGUGCUACAGUCCCGACACCAGAAAUGGCCACAGGAAGUUGAACGACGGGCGCAUGAAAACCUUGAUUGGAAUCAGCCGAUCUACGUGACAUCCAUCUCCAAGGCGGCGUCUGGGAAGACCAAUGUAUUCGUUGGGUAUCAUCAUGAAGGUCACAACCAACCGGUGCUCAACAACAACGACGGCGCGUCCUCGUCUAAGCUGGCAUCACCAUCAGUUCAGAAUCUGUACGAUCCAUGGCAAUCCCCCUACCUUUCACAAGAACAAGCCCGAGAACCACAAGCGCUUUCUCCAUUAUCAGAAAGGAUACAGAGACGAGCCAACUCCCUACUCCCCCAACCACCCGCCUACACGGCUUGGCCCAUUCCCCCAUCCACCCCAUUACCGCCACCAGCAGAAACUCCAGACCUACUAACCCCCGUUCCCCCCUGUUACACCUCCUUCCCCUUCUUCCUCUCCCCCCAAGAGAAGCAAGCCUCCAUCAGCACUUACAAUCUCCUCAUUUCCCGCGUGUUGUGGUUGCAUCCGAACAGCGUCCGUGACCCUGGCGAUAGGGCGGAUCCCUCAGCUGCUGGUCAUGCUGGUCCUGCUGGGUCCCCUACUGCUGGCCUCGAUGCUUCCAGUAGUUUCAAUGCCUCCAGCAUGUUUGAUGCUUAUGAAGGUCCUCGUGGUCCCGGUGAUAUUGAGCGAGAUAAUGAGCUACUACGAGUCUUUGGUCCCAUCAUGGCUGCAACACCGAGUAUGGUGAGGGCAGGGGUGCCAACACAGUCUCUUCCGCGGGCAGCGGGUGAAGGGGGUGAAAUGCGUCGUGAACGAUUAUAUCGACCUGAUCAUAUCGUACGGCGGCAGAUGGAACAAGAUGUGCGUCAAGCUGCGGAAAGUCGAGCGAGGGCAGCGGCGGCGGCGAGAGAAGGAGUAGGAGCAGGAUGCUAUGUAUUCUGGUCAGCUUGGAAAGCCGGUCUUUUCGGGGAUGUUGUCUUUCCGAGUUUUCCGGUUUCUUCGUCUACGUCUUCUGUUUCUCGGGAUGGGUACGGUGGGUUGAACGGUCACGGUGAAAGUCAGGACACUGGGGAUUUCUCUGGCGGGAGAAUGGCUGGUGGUGAUGGUGUUGGUGGACAAGACAGCGAGGCAAACACUAGCAACGCAGCAAAGCCAGAGAGAGAAAACAGCGCAAGCAAGCGAAAUCUCUUGAGAAAAGACAUGCGCCGUCCUACGCAGGAGGAACUGGGGCAGAUGAAGGAUGUGAUUGAGGAGCUCAAGAAGUUUAGGCGUUUGACUGGUGGUGGAGGCAGUAGUAAGAGUCAUUGUUCCAAGGACAAGGGGAAGGGAAAACAAAAGGCCAUGGCCGUGACUGCGGAUGAUAGGUCUCCUGGUGGAAAUUAUCAAGAGGGUGAUGAGCAAGAUGAAGACAGCAAAUGGGCAGGUAAACAUUGGAUGGGUGAGUUGAAAGUUAUUAGGAAACAACCGGAACCGGAGGGAGGGGGCUUUUAGGGGAGGG